CAGUAUGGGGUCAUCAUGCCUCCUGUGUCCUCCUCCCUAAUUUCUUCUGGAGCUGUUUCAAGAAACUGUUCUUUUAGGGCAUUUUUUUCUUCUCUCGCAUGUAUGGCUCAUUUGCCAUUUUGAAGCUUGUGUCUCCAAACCAAAACGUGAUGUGGAAAAAGAGUUUUCUCAUGUUCCUUUUCUCUCUCUCAGUUCAAAGAGCUGCCCUGGAUUGUGAAUGGAGGAACAAACUCCUUUCUCCAAGUUUGAACUCAAAAACAAAUGCAGUCACGCGGGGUCAAAAUGUGUCUUUAAUUUGUUCCAGCCAGAACCCAUCACUACAGAUCACCUAUCUUUUGUUUCGGCAUGAGAAGCACCUGAGAACCCAGGAAGGCAAAGGUGAACCCAUGAUUUUUAACCUCAGCGUCUCAGAAGCCCAUGAUUUGGGUCCCUACAAAUGCAAAGUCCAAGUUUCUAACUGUUCAGUUAUCAAAUACAGUCAUGAGUUCAACUUCACCUUUGUUGACCCAGUGAUUACACCAGUGCUGAACGUUAACGUCAUUAACAUAGAAACAGACCGACAUAUAAUACUGCAUUGCAUCUCACUCAACGGCUCUCUGCCCAUCAAUUAUACUUUCUUUGAAAAAGAUACUGCCAUAUCACCAGCCAUUUCCAAGUACGUAAGGGAGCCCGCUGAAUUCAACUUAACCAAGAAAAGCACUGGCGGAAGGGAAGAGUAUAGGUGCAAAGCUGAAAACAAAUUGCCUGACCAUGCAAAAUACAGUCAACCAGUCUUCAUCAAUCCCUCGACAGGUGGAGGCAGCUGUCCUUUCUGUCUGCAGCUACUGCUUCUGGGAUUAUUGCUGGUGCUAAUGGUAAUAAUCCCAAUUCUGACAUUUUGGAUACUACCAAAGUACAGAGCAGGAAAAGCUAUGAGAGAUCAGGCACCCAGAGACUAUGGAAAUACACCCAUGGAAAUUGGAAUAUACGCAAAUGUCUGUGAAACUCAAGCAGACUCUGUGCCAGGCUUGGAACCAAGGCAGUGUGUUCGCACAGCCCAAGAUGGAACUGGACACUCCCAGGAGAUACAUUAUGCUACCCCCAUGUUCCAGGAGGUGGCACCCGGAGGUCGUGAAGCCUGUAAUGAUUGUAAAACUGGGUCUAUCUAUUCUGAGCUCAUCAGAAGAUGACAUUUAAAGCUCCAAGCUACGUCUCAGAUUCUGGAGACCAGAAAUCCAAAAUCAAGAUGUCGGCAGGGCUGGGCUCCCUCUGAAGACCCUAAGGGAGAACCCUGCUCGUCUGCUUCACUUUCCCGUGGUUCCUGGUGUUCCCUGGCUUGUGGCAACAUCUCUCUAGUCUCUGCCUCUGUCUUCACAUGGCCUUCUCGUCCUUUGCCUUUCUUUUAUAAGGACACUGGCCAUUGGAUCUCGGAACCCCCUGGAUAAUCUGGGAUGGCCUCAUCUCAAGAUCCUCAAUUAUAGCUGCAUAGACCCUUUUUUUCAAAUUAGGUGACAUUCACAGGUUUCAGGAGUUAGGACACGGACUUAAUCUUUUUGGGGAGCCACCCAUUCAGACCCCUACAGGGGACAAAAUGGUUUCUAGUUUAAGCCUCUCAUCCUAGGAGGUAUUAGUAACAUCCGAUAAAAGCCAAAAGACAUUUGUAGACAACCAAAACAACAUGGCCAAAAUUUUUCUGCUCUGCUCUUCUUCUGGGUGUUGCCUGAACCUCUGUCUUAAUCGCUCCCAACAGUGGACCUCUGACUAGAAAAAGCACAGCUACCAGUUAUUAGACACUAACUGUAUAACAUUCUGUAAGGCCGAUAUUAUGAACUUGCUUUUACAGGUAAGGAAACUUAGACUCAGAUGCGGUAAGUAAUUUUACAAGGUCACCCACAGCUUAGUGGUGGUUGAAUUGGGAGUUCAGUCCUAGCAAAGAUCAGCAGAAGCACUGGCCAUGGAAAUGCCUCUUAGGGUGGGAAGGGAUACUGUGCACACAGGUCCAGACUAGAGGAUUGUGUUGUCAUAAGGCAGCAUUCAUGAGCAUAAUUUCUGCCCUUUCUCUGUUGAUAUUUGUAUUUGGGGGAAAUCAGUAUGUCACAGAGGCUAAGAGAGUAAGGAGUCAAACAGACUGAGCUGAAUUCAGGCUCAGUCAUGUUUUAACUGUGUGACUCUGGAUAAGUUAUGGGCUUCAGUUUUUUUUUCAUCUGGGGGGUAAGAGCAAAGUGGGGAGCGGGGGAGACAAAUAAAUACCUGCAUCGUGGAGCCAAUGUGAGAAUUAGCUCAGGUAAUGAAUGUAAAGGGCUUGGAACAGGGUCAGGCAUAUAAUAAGAAUUUUUAAAAGGCUACCUCUUUGUGGUAUGAUGCUUACUCUUGAGUCAUACCAGUUGGCUGCUCCCCUUAGAAAUCUUGAAGUCUUUGUGGUCAUAAACUUGGCAACUCAGUCACCAUUGGCCUCUUCUGUCUUGGGCUCCCUCCUAAAGCAGAGCCUGAGACAAGGACUUGGGUGCAGGUAGCCUAUAUGUCAGGUGACCCCAGGCGCUGGGAGUGAGAGAGCAGGUACAGUGAAACAUUUCAGAGGAGGGAAAGUCAACUCAGGGCGGGGAGGGGCCAGCAAGCUGGAAACCUUACUGGGAAUUGGAUUUGAUCCAAUUAAGACCUUCUGAAGUUUUGAAGUCCAGAAUGCCUCUGGGUUUCACAGCAUGCCCUGAAUCGACAGCCUCUCAUUUUCUCCUUGCAAAGCUUUUAAAGCACUUAGUAGAAGCCAACCAAGUCCACAAUCCAUAUAAUUACGAUUGCCCUGUGCCUUUCAAGUGCUAAAACCAUGGAAGAGCCUAGUGCUUCACUUUCUACCUCCGUCCCCUUUCCCACUGCAGGGAAGGUCUUAGUAAUUGUAAAGUAAUUGGGAGGCUAUGGCGUGCAAGUGUUAUCACCACCCCCUUCCAACAUCACAUGUUGCCAUCGAUCCAAGGAGUAAUUCCGCUUCCCAGCACUGCUUUCUAGGGCCUUCUGAUACCCUGUCUUUUCCUGGGCUAGCCCUGAAAGCAGAGCCUGAGAUAAAGCCUUCUGUGCAAAUAAUUUAUCUGGGAGGUGACGCAAGCAUCAGGUACUGGAGGAAAAGCCAGUACCAGGGUGUACUGUUGAGUUGGGCAACUGGGGCUUGAUCUCACUGGAACCUUCUGAGCAAUGAGAAGAUGUUUCUUAGAACUGUCUGCCUAAGGACUGAUAGUAAGAAGCGGUUACCCAUUGACUUCCAUCCCUGAUUGGCUGAGGGUUGUCCCCGGAGGGGAUGCCUCCCCGACUUCUAGGCUGUGCAUGUGGACAUUCCAAGUGGGUUUCCAUGGGCG